CUCCAAUGUAAACAGAGCGGGCAGGGGCCCUGAUUCACUGGCCGCUGGGGCCAGGGUUGGGGGUUGGGGGUGCCCACAGGGCUUGGUUUGUGGGGUUUGGGGGGGCAGUAGGUGAAAGGAGCCUGGUUUGUGCCUGCCUGCUGGUCGGCCAGCAAGGAGACGGCCCACUCAGUGGGGAAGGCUGCCGGUUUGGUGGCCCUAGGCCUUGUGGCCCCAGCGGUGGCGGAGCCAUGGUUUCUAAACUGAGCCAGCUGCAGACGGAGCUCCUGGUGGCCUUGCUCGAGUCUGGCCUGAGUAAGGAGGCCCUGAUCCAGGCGUUGGGUGAGCCGGGGCCCUGCCUGCUGGCUGGAGAUGGCUCCCUGGACAAGGGGGAAUCCUGCGGCGGCAGUCGGGGGGAACUGGCUGAGCUGCCCAAUGGGCUGGGGGAAGCAAGGGGCUCCGAGGACGAGACGGACGACGAUGGGGAAGACUUCACGCCGCCCAUCCUCAAAGAGCUGGAGAACCUCAGCCCUGAGGAAGCAGCCCACCAGAAAGCCGUGGUGGAGACCUUGCUGCAGGAGGACCCGUGGCGCGUGGCCAAGAUGGUCAAGUCCUACCUGCAGCAGCACAACAUCCCACAGAGGGAGGUGGUCGACACCACCGGCCUCAACCAGUCGCACCUGUCCCAGCACCUGAACAAGGGCACCCCCAUGAAGACGCAGAAGCGAGCCGCCUUGUACACCUGGUACGUCCGCAAGCAGCGAGAGGUGGCCCAGCAGUUCACCCACGCAGGGCAAGGUGGGCUGAUUGAAGAGCCCACAGGUGACGAGCUGCCAACCAAGAAGGGGCGGAGGAACCGUUUCAAGUGGGGUCCGGCCUCCCAGCAGAUCCUGUUCCAGGCCUACGAGAGGCAAAAGAACCCCAGCAAGGAGGAAAGAGAGGCAUUGGUGGAGGAGUGCAACAGGGCGGAGUGCAUCCAGAGGGGGGUGUCCCCAUCGCAGGCCCAGGGACUGGGCUCCAACCUCGUCACGGAGGUGCGCGUCUACAACUGGUUUGCCAAUCGGCGCAAGGAAGAAGCUUUCCGUCACAAGCUGGCCAUGGACACAUACAGUGGGCCGCCCCCAGGGCCAGGCCCGGGCCCCACACUGCCUGCCCACAGUUCCCCGGGCUUGCCCCCACCUGCCCUCUCCCCCACUAAGGUCCACGUUCCAGGUGUGCGCUAUGGACAGCCAACAACCAGCGAGGGGGCGGAAGUGCCCUCAAGCAGCGGUGGUCCCUUGGUGACAGUGUCUGCUUCCCUGCACCAAGUGUCCCCCACGGGCCUGGAGCCCAGCCACAGCCUGCUGAGCACCGAUGCCAAACUGGUCUCAGCUACUGGGGGUCCCCUGCCCCCUGUCAGCACCCUGACAGCCCUGCACAGCUUGGAGCAGACCUCCUCAGGCCUCAACCAACAGCCCCAGAAUCUCAUCAUGGCGUCACUUCCUGGGGUCAUGGCCAUUGGGCCUGGUGAGCCUGCCUCCCUGGCCCCCACAUUCACCAACACGGGUGCCUCCACCCUGGUUAUUGGCCUGGCCUCCACUCAGGCACAGAGUGUACCAGUCAUCAACAGCAUGGGCAGCAGUCUCACCACCCUGCAGCCCGUCCAGUUCUCCCAGCCGCUGCACCCUUCCUACCAGCAGCCACUCAUGCCCCCCAUGCAGAGCCACGUGGCCCAGAGUCCCUUCAUGGCCACUAUGGCCCAGCUGCAGAGCCCCCAUGCACUCUACAGCCACAAGCCUGAGGUGGCCCAGUACACCCACACAGGCCUGCUUCCGCAGACCAUGCUCAUCACCGACACCACCAACCUAAGCGCCCUGGCCAGCCUCACGCCCACCAAGCAGGUAAGGCUCAGGCCCUCCUGGCCCCUUGCUCAGGCCCCUCCCAGAGGGCACCUCUGCGGGGCUCAGGAGGCUGCUGUGUUCCCCCAGGUCUUCGCCUCGGACACCGAGGCCUCCAGUGAGUCCGGGCUGCAUACGCCAGCGUCUCAGACCACCACCAUCCACAUCCCCAGCCAGGACCCCGCUGGCAUCCAGCACCUGCAGCCAGCCCACCGGCUCAGUGCCAGCCCCACCGUGUCCUCCAGCAGCCUGGUGCUGUACCAGAGCUCCGACUCCAACAAUGGCCACAGCCACCUGCUGCCAUCCAACCACAGUGUCAUCGAGACCUUCAUUUCCACGCAGAUGGCUUCGUCCUCCCAGUAACCAUGGCGACCGCCUCCCAGGGGCUGGGCCCUGCCUGGAGCCUGCAAGGCCUGCUUGGGGGGUGAUAGGGACAUCUGUGCCUGUGAAACUUUCACUGCCACAGGACAGCAGUGUGCCCUGGAAAACUGUGCCUUGGUCCCUACUUUGCUCUGUCAGCGUCAGAAGGGGUUCCAGGGUUCCCUGACCCCAGGAGGGCUAAUUCCGUCCACAAGAGGGGACUGUGGAGAGCUGGGAAGCAGAGCAAGACACAGGAGGGACUGUUCCUGAUGCUCAGGGUCAAAUCUGUCACUUGGAACAGAAGGGGGCAGCCUUUGGACUCUGGUGCCCCCAGCCUGUACCUGUGGAGAGCCCUGGAACUCCCAAGGGAACCACACUUCUCAGAACAUGA